AUGGGAAACUGCCUCUUCAAAGGCUCAACAACCACAUUAGACGGGCUCGGUCUCCGGCCGAUGCCGGCCGAACGUCCGAAAACGUUACGUAAGCUAAAGUCUGUAUAUGACGCAUCGCCUACCGAAGCUCCACUGCCACAGCCAAACAUAAACAGCAAUGGACAGACGGACAGAAAUAUCAACGGUAUGGAGGAAGAGGUCAGGAGGAGAAGCAAUACAACGAGUUCUACACAGAGCGGCGAGAAGUCACUGUCAAUACUUAGUCCGUUUGAUGAGCAGGAGGAAUGGGCAAAGAUCUCCGAGAUAAUGGCAUCUUUUGGAAGCAAGCUGGUCAGGGAGUCAGUAUUUGUAUCUGAACUGGAACAGGAGUUCACAUCUAGACUUGGCCUGAGCUGUUCCGAGUCCAGUCUGAGCCCUUCAGUAGCUUCUAAUCUAGGCCUUUGGCUCUCUGGCCUUGGAUUACAUGACUACGAGAGCCUCUUCCUGGAAAGUGGCUUCGAUGACAUCGAUUUUAUUAACGGUAUAUUAGACGAAAACGAUCUCCGAGAAAUGGGCAUAGAAGAAAACGAUAGACAAAAAAUAUUAGAAUCAGCUAAACAAUUACCUCUUAAAAUAACUGAAAUAAGCAAUAACUAUAAUAAUAACAAUAUAAGUAAAAGCCAAAACGAAUCAGUGGAAGAAUGGCUAAAGAAUAUAAACCUAGAACAAUAUAGUGAUACAUUUAGAAAACAUUUAUAUGUAGAUAUGGAUAGAGUGAGAAGGAUCUGGGAAGUUGAACUGACGGCUGUGCUUGAGAUACAGAAGGCUGGACAUAGGAAAAGAAUACUGGCCUCAGUUUCUGGUGAACAUAAUGGACCUGUUAAUCAUAUAGAAGAUAUCAAUGCUGAUCUCAAUACUCUGAAGAGCAACAUCCAGCAGCUAAAAGAAGAAAUCAAAGAGAAGUUACCACCUUCGGAGAACCUAAAACCGGUUCCACCCCCUGUAGUGCCGUCGCUAGCGCCUCCUGGUGGGGAAACUUUGAAGCGUAGUAAAAAGAACAGACCUGCUCCUCAACCACCAAGGCCCUCGGAUUUAGAAAUCAGAGCACCUUCGGAGCUGCUGGUCGGGGUACCAGGUGCUUUGAAGACCCAAUGGAAGCAUCAGCCAUUUGUGCUGGUAACGGGGGCUGUCACAUAUGUAGCUAAUUAUCUAGGAUCCACGGUGGUCAAAGAGCUUCGAGGGACGGAAUCGACGAAGAAGUCGAUUCAAAAGCUGAAGAAAUCUACCAAAGAACCUCGUACUUCUCCCGACAUUAUACUCUCUAUCAGCUACCGAGGUGUCAAGUUCCUAAACACUAUCACCAGGGAAUUGGUGUGCGAGCAUGAAAUCCGCAACAUCCAUUGCGCGUGCCAAGACGCUGAUGACCUGACGCACUUCGCGUACAUCACCAAGGACCACGCCAGCAGAAGUCACUACUGUCACGUAUUUCGAGUUGCUACUAUGGAUCAAGCGACGGAAGUAAUCCUAACUCUUGGCGAGGCUUUCGAAGUGGCGUACCAAAUGGCACUACGAGAACAAUCUAACAGGACCAGAGUCACCCAAUCGUUAGCCAAGACCCCAACCCACGACCCCAUGACAACCACCAACAAGGAGAAACCCAACGUCAACCAUGGCAGAUCACAUUCCAUUACAGAGAUCAAGUUAAACGGACACCAGCUGAAGAUUGCGCCUUUACCUGCCUCCUUGUCGAAUGAAGACUUUCAAGCUGGUACCAGGAGCUCAGACGGUUUAAGGAGUCCCCGUACACCUCUCUUGAAAGCCCCUAUAGCGUCAACUGAAGAAUUGUGA